AUGGCCGUUUUUGCACCCGGGUCCUCUCUAUUCCCACACACCCCAAAACCCAAAUUCUCAAAUCCUCAACUUGUCAGGCAUUCAAGCUGUUUCAAUGUCAGACACAGAUUGCUGGUGAAUGGGAAACAAUGUAGGCUAGUUUCCCAGUUCUUCAGACCCCAAACUUUCAGGAUUAGAAGCUUUUCAAAGGAGGAUUCAGAAAAUGAUGAGGCUGCAAUGUCUAAUGACAUUCCGGAUGCGCAACAUGGGAUUGAUGAUGACCUGCUUGGAAGUGUUAAGAUUACUCAGACUGGUACUGAAACUUCAUUUCUGGCUAAAAUAGCUAUUGCACUGGGCAUAGCUGCAACAGUUACAUUGAUAUCUAUCUGCAUCAAGCGUCCCACUCUUGGAUCAUCGAAUGGGAUUCAGUUCUUGCCAGAAAGCUCAUCCUCAUCAGCAAUGGCAGCGGCCCCUGUUGGAUUUACUUUCAAAGUUUUUGGCUACAGCAUUGUGCUUCCAGAAUAUGCACCAGGGUGGAUCUACUUUUGGUUGCUUAUGGCUGCAGGGUUUGGGCUUUUCAUCAGUGAAGAAGCUCUAAAUAUAUGGGUCGGCAUAUCUUUGGCCCGGAGGCUAUCUUUGGAUGGGACCUGGCAGUCAUUCGCUGAAUCUUUCUCGAGAAAUGCUCCGUACAUUAUAUCUACAACACUUUGGGUGUAUUGGGGAGUAUGCAUUAGUGAUCUAAUACCAUUUUAUCUGGGGAAGCUUUUUAGACAAUCCAGGGCGUCAGAUGAUGUUCUUUCAAAGUUGGGGAUUGGCAAAGAGAAAGCGUUAAGCAUAACCCGUGCGGUGCAAAGAUAUGGCAAUCUAAUAGGUUUUGUUGAACGCUUUUCCCUUGGAGUCAGAAAUCCAACAGCCUUUCUAGCGGGAACCUUGGGUAUAUCUCCAGAGUGUUUCUUUGCUGGAGUCUGUUUGGGUGGAUUGAUCACCCUUCCAAUCCAGUUCGGGAUAGGAUUCUUCUUGAGGGAGCGCCCUGUCUUUGCCCUAGCUACUGUUGCUACAGUUGUGGGGAUUUGGACUAUUUUUCCUUAUGCAGUGGCUACAUCAACAGCAUUAUUCCUUUACCUUAGACAACGGUACUCUACAUCGUCAGAAUAGGAUGACAG